AUGACCAUAUUUUACAAUAGCAGCCUGGAUAAAGCCACUUUCUUCCUGACGGGCUUUCGGGGUCUGGAAGAUAUCCACGGCUGGAUCUCUAUCCCCUUCUGCUCCAUCUACUUGACAGUCAUUGUAGGAAAUGUUACCAUCCUCCAUGUCAUCCGUACUGAUGCCACCCUCCACGAGCCCAUGUACUAUUUCUUAGCCAUGUUGGCCCUCACAGACUUGGGUCUUUGCCUUUCAACACUGCCCACUGUAUUGGGCAUCUUCUGGUUUGAUGCCAGAGAGAUAGGCAUCCCUGCCUGCUUCACUCAACUCUUCUUCAUCCAUACUCUGUCUCUAGUGGAGUCUUCCAUCCUCUUGUCCAUGUCUAUUGACCGCUAUGUGGCCAUCUGCAACCCGCUGCGUUACUCCACGGUCUUGACACCUGCACGUAUUGUCAAGAUGGGUGUGGGCUCGGUGCUCAGAAGCGCCCUGCUCAUCCUUCCACUGCCCUUCCUCCUUAAGCGCUUUCAUUACUGCCGCACCCACGUGCUGGCCCAUGCCUACUGCCUGCACCUCGAGAUCAUGAAGCUGGCCUGCUCUAGCAUCAUUGUCAACCACAUCUAUGGACUCUUCGUUGUGGCUUGCACCGUCGGCGUGGACUCGCUGCUCAUCUUCCUCUCCUAUGCUCUCAUCCUCCGCACUGUGUUAAGCAUUGCAUCCCGCCAGGAGCGACUUCGGGCCCUCAACACCUGUGUCUCCCACAUCUGUGCUGUGCUCCUUUUCUACAUCCCCAUGAUCGGCCUGUCUCUUGUGCAUCGCUUUGGUGAGCACCUGCCUCGCAUUGUACACCUCCUCAUGUCUUAUGUGUAUCUGCUGGUGCCACCGCUCAUGAACCCUAUUGUCUACAGCAUCAAGACCAAGCAAAUUCGCCAGCGGAUCAUUAAGAAGUUUGAGUUUAUGAAAUCAUUUCGGUAA